AUCGGGAUCUGAGGAUGUCACGACGCAGUAACGGCCGAAUGUAAGUAACGCGUCACACAACCUCUUCUGUUCCGCUCAACACACCUGGUUCGCGGUCGCAGCGUUCCUCACUGGCUCGACCAGUUUCUCAGUCAGCAGCAUGCGACCUUCAUUGCAGGCUGCGCGGCCUUUUGUGAACUGGCUGAAGACCCCGGGAACAAAAGGUGCACCCUCUGUGCCAGCGAAGGGCCGGCCUGCGACGAAGCCCGUAACCGCACUUGCUACGGUCCGGAACGAGGGCGCGCUGCGCCCACACCUCGAUAUUCCCGUGAAUCCGAAUCAUGGCCUGUAUGGGUUUUUCCGGAGGAAUGAGGUGGACGGCGUGGCGAAGUACGAGACUUUAGAUGUGUUCGACUCAACGCAGGCCAUGAGCGGUACGUCUGUCUUCACCUAUGGUAUGUCCUACUGCGGG